AGAUCCAGGCCCCAGAUCCAGGCCGGGCCGCGGCUCUCGCCGCCCAGCCCAGCCCAGCCCGGCCUGGCCCGGCCCUGCCCUGCCGCGGAGGCGAGGCCGCCAGUGUCCCGCGCCCCUGAUACCUGCAGUGAGCCUGAUAUCUGCCUCUGCUCCUCUGAGUCUGUUCCUUUUCCCUGAGUACAGGGCACAAAGCUUGCGCCCUGAGGAGCGGCAGGCGCGCUCCCCGGCCCGGUCCCCGCCCGGCCCCGGGCCCCCCGCCCCUCCCCGCCCCGGGGCCGGGGCCCCUGCAGCCGCCGCCUUCCGACCCCUGCGCCCCGACCCCGGUUCCCCGGGCCAUGCAGCCUCGGCCCCGCGGGCGCCCGCCGCGCAUCGGAGGAGAUGAGGCUCCGCAAUGGCACCUUCCUGACGCUGCUGCUCUUCUGCCUGUGCGCCUUCCUCUCGCUGUCCUGGUACGCGGCACUCAGCGGCCAGAAAGGCGACGUUGUGGACGUUUACCAGCGGGAGUUCCUGGCGCUGCGCGAUCGGUUGCACGCAGCUGAGCAGGAGAGCCUCAAGCGCUCCAAGGAGCUCAACUUGGUGCUGGACGAGAUCAAGAGGGCCGUGUCGGAAAGGCAGGCGCUGCGAGACGGAGACGGCAAUCGCACCUGGGGCCGCCUAACCGAGGACCCCCGAUUGAAGCCGUGGAACGGCUCACACCGGCACGUGCUGCACCUGCCCACCGUCUUCCACCACCUGCCACACCUGCUGGCCAAGGAGAGCAGUCUGCAGCCCGCGGUGCGCGUGGGCCAGGGCCGCACGGGAGUGUCGGUGGUGAUGGGCAUCCCGAGCGUGCGGCGCGAGGUGCACUCGUACCUGACUGACACUCUGCACUCGCUCAUCUCCGAGCUGAGCCCGCAGGAGAAGGAGGACUCGGUCAUCGUGGUGCUGAUCGCUGAGACCGACUCACAGUACACUUCGGCAGUGACAGAGAACAUCAAGGCCUUGUUCCCCACGGAGAUCCAUUCUGGGCUCCUGGAGGUCAUCUCACCCUCCCCCCACUUCUACCCUGACUUCUCCCGCCUCCGAGAGUCCUUUGGGGACCCCAAGGAGAGAGUCAGGUGGAGGACCAAACAGAACCUCGAUUACUGCUUCCUCAUGAUGUACGCACAGUCCAAAGGCAUCUACUACGUGCAGCUGGAGGAUGACAUCGUGGCCAAGCCCAACUACCUAAGCACCAUGAAGAACUUCGCGCUGCAGCAGCCUUCAGAGGACUGGAUGAUCCUGGAGUUCUCCCAGCUGGGCUUCAUUGGCAAGAUGUUCAAGUCGCUGGACCUCAGCCUGAUUGUAGAGUUCAUCCUCAUGUUCUACCGGGACAAGCCCAUUGACUGGCUCUUGGACCAUAUUCUGUGGGUGAAAGUCUGCAACCCCGAGAAGGAUGCGAAGCACUGUGACCGGCAGAAGGCCAACCUGCGGAUCCGCUUCAAGCCGUCCCUCUUCCAGCAUGUGGGCACUCACUCCUCGCUGGCUGGCAAGAUCCAGAAACUGAAGGACAAGGACUUUGGAAAGCAGGCACUGCGGAAGGAGCAUGUGAACCCGCCAGCAGAGGUGAGCACGAGCCUGAAGACAUACCAGCACUUCACCCUGGAGAAAGCCUACCUGCGUGAGGACUUCUUCUGGGCCUUCACCCCUGCCGCGGGGGACUUCAUCCGCUUCCGCUUCUUCCAACCCCUACGACUGGAGCGGUUUUUCUUCCGCAGUGGGAACAUCGAGCACCCGGAGGACAAGCUCUUCAACACGUCUGUGGAGGUGCUGCCCUUUGACAACCCUCAGUCGGACAAGGAGGCCCUGCAGGAGGGCCGCACCGCCACCCUCCGGUACCCUCGGAGCCCCGACGGCUACCUCCAGAUUGGCUCCUUCUACAAGGGAGUGGCAGAGGGAGAGGUGGACCCAGCCUUCGGCCCUCUGGAAGCGCUGCGCCUCUCGAUCCAGACGGACUCCCCUGUGUGGGUGAUUCUGAGCGAGAUCUUCCUGAAAAAGGCCGACUAAGCUGCGGGCUUCUGAGGGUACCCUGUGGCCAGCCCUGAAGCCCACGUUUCUGGGGAUGUCGUCACUGCCGUCCCCGGAGGGCCAGAUACGGCCCCGUCCGAAGGGUUCUGCCUGGCGCCGGGCUUGGGCCAGCCUGGGGUCCGCCGCUGGCCCGGAGGCCCUAGGAGCUGGUGCUGCCCCCGCCCGCCGGGCCGCGGAGGAGGCAGGCGGCCCCCACACUGUGCCUGAGGCCCGGAACCGUUCGCACCCGGCCUGCCCCAGUCAGGCCGUUUUAGAAGAGCUUUUUCUUGGGCGCCCGCUGUCUCUGGCGCGAACACUGGAAUGCAUAUACUACUUUAUGUGCUGUGUUUUUUAUUCUUGGAUACAUUUGAUUUUUUCACGUAAGUCCACGUAUACUUCUAUAAGAGCGUGACUUGUAAUAAAGGGUUAAUGAAG